CAGACCAAAGAGUAAACUACCAGACGGACACAGGCUAGUUAGCUAAUCAGGUACUAAGUCAGCUAACUUGCAGGCAAGCAGCAUUGUACUUUACUCUCAUAUGCUAACGUUAUAAUGGUUGUAAUGCAGGCGCUAGCCAAAACGAACAGGCUAGCAACAGUUAAAUGAAGUAGCAGGUCGUUGUUUGGGUUGUUUUUAAUUAGCUAGGUCUAGCUAACGCGGAAGGAAAUCCCACAGAGUAAUCAAUGGUUAGCAUAACGCAGCGGUUAUAAUUCUCUGCUCGUUUUAAAGGGCGUCUCUUCAUGAGUAAAGGAUGUCUAAACGCCUGCGAAACACCGAGCUCUGCGCUGAUUGCAGUGUCCCAGAACCUCGCUGGGCGUCGGUGAACAGGGGAGUGUUGAUCUGCGACGAGUGCUGCAGUGUUCAUCGAAGUCUGGGUAGACACAGCUCACAAGUCCGUCACCUGACACACACACCAUGGCCUCCUACGCAGCUACAGAUGGUUCAAAUAUUAUACAGCAAUGGUGCAAAUUCAAUAUGGGAGCACUCUCUCCUGGACCCUGCGUCUGUGAUGAGUGGGAAACGCAAGGCCAACCCUCAGGACAAACUGCACCCAAACAAAUCAGAGUUUAUUAAAGCCAAAUAUCAAAUGCUGGCAUUUGUCCAUCGCAUGCCUUGCCGGGAGGACGACAGCUCGACAGCCAAGGAUUUAAGCAAGCAACUUCACUCAAGUGUACGCACCGGGAAUCUGGAGACGUGUUUGAGGUUGCUCUCUCUGGGUGCACAAGCUAAUUUUUUUCACCCGGAAAAAGGAAACACUCCCUUGCAUGUAGCUGCAAAGGCAGGACAAGUAUCUCAGGCUGAACUAUUAACUGUUUAUGGAGCAGAUCCUGGAGCCCCUGACAGCAAUGGCAAAACUCCCAUUGACUAUGCAAGGGAAGCUGGCCACCAUGACCUGGCUGAUAGAUUGGUGGAGAUUCAGUAUGAACUGACUGACAGACUGGCGUUCUACUUGUGUGGGAGAAAACCAGAUCAUAAAAACGGCCAGCACUUCAUUGUUCCACAAAUGGCUGACAGCAGUUUAGAUUUAUCAGAACUGGCCAAAGCAGCAAAGAAGAAACUGCAGUCUCUCAGUAAUCAUUUAUUCGAGGAGCUGGCCAUGGAUGUGUACGAUGAGGUGGACAGACGAGAGACUGAUGCUGUGUGGUUGGCUACACAGAAUCACAGCACUCUGGUGACGGAGACGACUGUGGUGCCUUUCCUUCCUGUGAAUCCAGAGUAUUCAUCAACGCGAAACCAGGGACGACAGAAGCUCGCAAGAUUCAAUGCACACGAAUUUGCAACUCUUGUGAUCGACAUAUUAAGCGAUGCUAAGCGCAGACAGCAAGGAAAUUUAAUAGCAAGUCCCAAAGAUAAUGUUGAAUUUAUCCUGAAGAGUAUGGCCGUCAGGCAUGGCAGCGAUAGCCAGGACAAUGAUCAGCCUGACUAUGACAGUGUAGCGUCUGAUGAGGAUACAGAUCACGAGCUCCCCUCGAGCAAAGGAGACAGGACCAAGAGCCUGGACUCUGACCUCUCAGAUGGCCCCAUCACUAUGCACGAAUACAUGGAGGUGAAAAACGCGCUCUCUGCCUCUGAAGCCAAGAUCCAGCACCUCAUGAAAGCCAACAACAACCUGAGCGAUGAGCUGAGGCUGAUGCAGAAAAAGCUGCAAUCUCUGCAAAGCGAGAACACCUCUCUCAGGCGGCACAUCCCAACCAAUAUCUAUCAGAUCCCCAGCGGUUCAGACUACCCCGACCCCUCCAGCCCCUCAGCCCUGAAACGCCGGCAGUCUGCGCGGGCCAGUCGGCCCAUGUCUAUGUAUGAGACCGGCUCAGGCCUGAAGCCCUAUGUCCCUAAAGGGGAAACUCCCUACCCAGAGGAGGGUAUCCCCACCCUGCAACCCUUCCCACCUCAUACGGAAAGGGGCGCUUUUGUGACCACCUCUUCAUCCCUCCCCUCAUUUCCAUCCACCCUGUCUUGGUCGAAGGACGAAAGUGCUCAAAAGGCCUCAAAGUUAGAGAAGCAAAGCAGCAUGCCGGAAAGUGACUAUGACAACACAUUCAAUGACUCUGAGAUGGAUGAUUCGGGUUUGUGCAGGAGAGUUAGGCUGAGGAGCAGCGGCUGGCUGGGGGAGGGCAGCUCAAUCCCUGAGCUGGAUGAUCUGGAGAUGGAGUCAGACCCCACUCUUCCCAGCACAGAGGACGUCAUCCGAAAAACAGAGCAGAUCACCAAGAAUAUCCAAGAGCUGCUGCGAGCUGCUCAGGAGAACAAACAUGACAGCUUCAUACCCUGCUCAGAAAGAAUACAUGUGGCUGUAACAGAAAUGGCUGCCCUCUUUCCAAAGAAGCCCCGCUCAGAGACUGUGAGAGGCUCUCUGCGCUUGUUGACAUCGAGUGCAUUUCGGCUUCAGAACGAGUGCAGGAAAGCGUUGCCUUCAGAGGGCUGCCCGGGUCCGGACAUGCAGCUGGUCACCCAGCAGGUCAUCCAAUGUGCGUAUGACAUUGCCAAGGCAGCCAAGCAGCUUGUGACCAUUACCACAAAGGAGAAUACUAACUAACAAACAGCACUUACAAGGCUGCAAAGCAGUCAGCAUCUCAAUUUUGUUCUUAUAUCUAAAUUUUUUAUUGAGUUUGUCAGGUUUUUUGUAUUUGUGGUAUAUGCAUGCAUUGUUUUUUAAUUUAUGAAUGAAUAUUUAAUGCCAACUCUGGAAAAAAUCUGAGUGUAAAGGGAAAAAGUCAGCAACUUUAAACUUAGGGAUACUCAGCUGCUGUAAUAGCACAAUUUCUCAUGAGGUAAAAUAAUCCACAAAUCAUGUUAAAACUAGUAGCAGCUUGCAGGCGUGGGGACUGUAAUGGUUUACAGAUUACAAUUUGCGUAAAUCUUUAAUCAGUGCAUACUGUAAAUACCUUUUAUUGAGAGAAAGAAUUAAGCACAGUACAGUAAAUCAACAUUAUGAUAUUGGUUAAUGUUAUCAGUCCAAAGCCAGACAUGGAAAAGCCAUAAAUGAGUCAUGAAUAUGCCGUCAUUGAAAGCUAUUGCUCACACUCUUGUAGCUUCAGGAGCUUCCCCUCAUUAAUUGCACUGUGCAAGCAUCAUCAUACUGUAAAGUGUAAUUGCCAAAAACAAGCGUACCAUUAAAUGUUGGGAACUUCAUUUAUGCACAUGUUGUAGCUCUGCAAUGCCAAUGUUUGUUGCAUCAAAAAAGCUAUUUAUAUGGUUUGUCCCCUGUCCAAGUGUAAUCCAGUCUGCAGUGCACUUAUUGCGGCUAUUUAUGUGUGCCCAUGUGUCAAGUCGGUGAAUGCAAAUCACGCUUGUUCAAGGGCCAAGUUUUAUCUGUUACUAGCACCAAGAUGUUGUUGUAUUAACUUCAAAUGAUCUGGUGCGUUUCUCCACACUGCACUGUAUUCUGCAGUCUUGUGUGCCAUUGCAGUGUUGGUCAAAUUUAGAGCUAAUAGCCAUACUGUUUGUAUGCCCAUGUGUUUUGUGCUCUGUUCCGUUGCUGCUAGUUUUGUAUUAAUGUGCAACAUAUGGGAUAGAAGUCUAGACGUCUCCUGUAUAAUUGUGCAACCCAACAUUCAUCUUCACCAAGUGUAUCAGAGUUCAUCAUCAUUUCAAGAUCUGAUCAAGGUAUUGUCCCUCUCUGUACGUGACCCAAGUGCAGGGAUGUAUGUGAUGCAGCUGUUAAGUUGCACUUCGGAAAAAAAUAAUUAUUUUAUAAAUAAACUUAAUUUAUAAAUAUAG